AGCGCAUUGAUCAUCUAGAAAUGCAACCACAAGAAGAACAAUCAUGGCAGCAAGUUCGUACACAAUACGGGAGAAGAUGGCCGUGUUCCAGUUUACGUUCAAACGACCAACUGGACGCGGAUGCACAGCCACAGCAAAGUCCUGGGGCCGAAAAUGCUUCCAGGCCGUCCCCUGCGGUGCAAGACGAGAAGGAACAACCUCCAAAGUCCGUAGAGAGCUUCGUCUCGGACUGGUAUGUCUGGGAGGUGCUGGCAGUGCUGGUCUCAGCAGGCACACUGGUUGCUAUGGUCGCCAUGCUCAUCCAUUAUGAUCACAAGCCCCAGCCUGCCUGGAGACUGCUGUCGCUCAACUCGGUCAUUUCCUGGUUGAGUACUAUCUCCAAAGCCUGUGUUUUGUUCUCGAUCAAUGAAUGCAUCGGACAGCUGAAGUGGGUGUGGUUUGGACAAAGGCAGCAGCGCGUGGUGGAUCUCCAGUCGUUUGACACGGCCAGUCGCGGCUUCUACGGGAGCGCCGUGCUCAUUUGGAUACUAAAAGCCAGACACAUUGCCGUCUGGGGUAGCCUGGCUAUCAUCCUGGCACUUGCCUUCGAUCCCUUUGUCCAGAAUCUAAUCCAUUACUACCCGAACUUGGUGGUGGAUCCCUCUCAAACGGCCUUUCUGCCAAACAGCACCAGAUACGACACUGUCGGCUUGCCUGGUCGUGGUGCUAGCAGAGUCGAUGCCGUACUCAAAGCAAAUGUGUACAGCUCGCUCUUCAAUGCGGAUCAGAGCAAGCCAUGGGCCAUUCCGCAGUACCUCUUGGCAUCGUUGGGAGCUCGUGCGGUCUGCGCCAAUGUUACUGACCAUCUCGUUCCCUCAUGCCACAAUGCCACAUAUGGUCCUCGCGGAUUAGUGAACUGCUCAUUAACGCUUGCAAAUAGCAGCACAACAAUAUGGUUUGUUCCGAACACAGCGAAGCGUCGUCCACUCGCAGUAAACCCGGCCGUAACUUCCGCUCUGGAGCCUCUGGUAUACAAAAAUGCCACACUGAGUCCAAUCCAGUUCAUCGCAGCGAGAGGUAUCACAAGCGAACGAGGAGGAACAAUACCGAAUAUUGACCUCAACACUAAAUGGGAAGCAAUCGAGUGUUCCAUUGAGCCAGUAGUCCAGAGCAUCCGGGCUCGCGUUGAGAACAAUAUCUACAGCGAGGAUGUUCUCGCUACCUGGGUACAAAGCAAUCUCACGGAACUCCGGCGCACUUGCAAGCCCAACUGGGGCCCAGAGUUGGGAGCCUUCCCGACCCAGAACUUUUCGCUGCAUGUCACAGCCCUCUCCGCAAUCGACUACUUUUUUAAAACUAUCUUCGACGGCAGUUUUGAGGAAGACGCCUUCGCAGCCUAUUACGCGCCUUCCCAAAAGAGUUAUGCAGGAUCGGAUGUCAUUGAGGCCCUGGCAACGGGCAACGUCAGCGGCUGCAGCCCCGACGCCGUAGACAAGUUCAACUGCAGCAUGCACAAUGUGGCAGCUGCCAUCUCGAAGAGUUUCCGUGAUUCGGCGUACAUCAGUGCGGGCUCGGAUCCCGGCAAGGCACAAAUGGCUGCUGGACGCGUCAUGAGAAGCAUGACCUAUGUCGCUGUUCAAUGGCAGUGGAUUGUCUUGCCUGUUCUGGUGUGGUUGCUUGGAGUUGUAACGCUGGUGGGUACAGUAUGGAAGACAUGGAGGAACGGGGCUCCCAAGUGGAGGAAUGACCCUUUGCCUUUGCUGUUUCUGUACCGCGAAGAGAAGAAUGACGGAGUCUCAGACAGGGAUAUCAAGCAAAGGGCGGACAAUUUGAAGGUCAAAAUGUACGAGAGCGGUCAAAAGAGGCAUUUGGGGAGUUGA